AUGCUAGAUGGCACAUCCUCAAGUGCAGACAGUGGCACUGGCCCAGAUAUAUUCAAAACCGCGGUCAUCGACAUUUUAAUUACAGAAGUGCAAAGCAUCCCCGGUAAUAAUCACUAUGUCCUGCUUCUAGAAUACAGGGACGCGAUGGAAAGAAUAUUCCAAAUAAUAAAUAAAGACCUCUCACAACAUUUUCCAAUGAGCACCGUAUUCGACUUCGAGAAUUUCACUAAUAAUAAUCUGCAAGAUAUACUGAACCUAAAGCUUAAACAACUCAGUUUCAACACAAUUACAGAGACAAAUAAUACUGGUGAGGUAGAUAUCCUUCUUGAUAAGGCUAAACUACACCACCAGCAGCAGCUGUCCGCGCGGAAGACUAAGAAUAUUGACAUUCUAGAGUUACUGGACUUCAAUCCUGAUUUUGACCGGGAGCAGAAUGCGGUCGCCAACUAUUGUGAGCAACUUGUUACACAGCUAGAGAACUACCAGAAUAUAGCUAGGAAUAUAAAACAACUCGGUUUAGAUUCCCGGGAGAAGAUUCCUUUCAACUUCCUCUUCCGCGGCCCCCCAGGUAUGCAUAUAUUCAGUCACAGUUCUGGCAUAGAGUCUGCGUUGGCUGACAGAGAUCUAGGAUCUAGCAAGACAUCAACUACAUGCUGUAUAGAGCAGGUCUUUUACGACAUGGAUAUUCUCAGGACACCCGAAGUAGUGGAGUGCUCUUCAUCAGAUCUAGUCAUAUAA